UGUCUCUGCGCCCUGUGCGCCUCUCUCUCCCCAAUGCUGCGCUGCGCCCUAGCGCACCCCCCGCUCUCUGCGCCCCCUUCACUCCUCCUACUGCUUCUAUUGUGCGCCUGAGAGCCCGGAGCCACCCUGGAACUGUGUGGGACCUGUCUUAAUGGAAGCCAUGUCACCUAAACAGGACAAUGUGGGACAGACCCGCUCUUCUUCUCUGACUGGGGAAGCGCAGAUAUCCGCAGAGGCUGACAAUAAAAAGAAGAUGAAGAGCUUGGCACAAAGACGUCAGUCUGCACCAUCUCUUGUCCUGAGCAAAGCACUUAAAUCAAGGACCAUAAACAAGGAAAGCUGCUUCUCUCCUGUGAGCCCAGAAUCAUGCCCUCUGGUUCAAGCCUUCCUCUGCUCCACCAGGCUCUUCCUAGCCCACAGCCAUGUGCAGCUCAAGACUGGUCUGCAGACCCAGGACCGCCAUCUCUUUCUCUUCACAGACAUCAUGAUUAUUGCAAAGUCAAAGUCUCCAUCAAACUUCAAACUGAAACAUCAUGUGCAAGUGAGUGAAAUAUGGACCGCAUUCUGCAUGGAAGAGGUGUGUGAGGGCAGUACCUGCCCUGAGAGGUCUUUUGUCAUUGGCUGGCCAGUCACAAACUGUGUGGCAACCUUCAGUACGCCAGAGGAGAAGGACAAGUGGUUUGCACUUCUGCAAAGACAUAUCAAAGAAGAGAAAGAAAGUGACCGAAUGAAGACCAUCCCUUUGAAGAUCAUCACAAAAGAUCUUGGAAAUUGUGCCUAUUCCAAAGUUCUCACCAUCACCAAUGAGGACACAGUAAAUGACAUUAUCAAAAUGGCUCUUCUACAGUUUGGAGUUGAGGGCUCAGACUCCGAUUAUCGCUUAUGGGUCACCUCUGGCAAGGAUGAUGCACCUUAUCCUCUUAUCGGACACGAGUACCCAUUUGGAAUUAAAAUGAGCCAUGUUCGUGAUGCCUUACCACAAAUACAAGGUCUGAAGGAAGCUGACUGUCCGUUGGAUCUACAAGGCCCCUUCCUCAUGGAGCAUCUCCCCAGAGAAAUGCAAUGUCAGUUCAUACUGAAGCCCUGCCGCCUGGCUCCCUGCCACCCACUCGCUGAUCCAGGCCAGAAGCCAUUUAAAAGAAAGAGGUCGAUCAUAAACUGGACCUUUUGGCGCGGUUCGAAUUCUCAGUUGGACAAUAUACCGACAUCUCCAACUUCUUUAGCUCCUGGAAUGCUGUUUGGCCUUUCACUGGAUGCUAUCUGUGAUAAUGACAACAUUCCCAAGCCUGUCAUGGACAUGCUGUGUGUGCUUUGUCGAGACGGACCUUUCACAAGAGGCAUCUUUAGGCGCUCGGCUAAUGCCAAGUCCUGCAGAGAAAUGAAGGAACGGCUCGAUUCGGGGUGCGAAAUUAACUUUGAACGGGAAUCUAUACUUGUCACCGCUUCUGUUUUUAAGGAUUUUCUUCGUAACAUACCAGGGAGUAUUUUCUCAUCCAAACUGUAUGAGAAGUGGGUCUCCGUCUUGGCUUAUGAAAGUCAAAAAGACAAGAUCAAAGCCGUUAAAAUGUUAAUUGAGACUCUUCCACAGAUCAAUGUUCUUCUACUGCGAUAUUUGUUUGGAGUUUUAUACUGCAUCGAGCAACGCUCUGAGAGCAACCAAAUGUCCGCCUUCAAUUUAGCCGUUUGCAUUGCCCCCAGCCUGCUGUGGCCGCCCACCCCUUCAAGUCCAGAUAUUGAGAGCGAAUUCACCAGAAAGGUGGCUCUGUUUGUUCAGUUUCUGAUUGAGAAUUGCUGCAUGAUUUUCGAAGAGGAUAUUUCGCUGUUAUACGCCAGCUUGUCAACAAAGGAUGAGAGCAGAGAUGAAAAUUCAGAUAUCUGCUCAUUCAAGCUUAUCGACUCCUCAUAUGACAGCCUGGAGAAUGAACUGAAUGAGGAUGCAGAUUCUCCUUUCAGUGGUCUGGCCAAAAAGUGCAGCCUUGACAACAGAAGCAGAGAUUCUGUUUUGACAUUAAGUGAUUGUGAUCUGGACCAUCCAGAUGCUGAGGAUACACAGACCAAACAACCACUGGAGACUCAACCUUUCAGGGUGGCCAUUGAUUUACAUCACAAUUCCGUGUCACGUGAGCAGUCUGAAAAUGAGUCUCUCUGUUCCAAUACUUCUGGUUAUUCAUCCACCACAGUGUCGGAUGCACUAAAGGAUGCCAGAAGGCACAGGCGUUGUUCUGAGCCAGCCAUAGGGAUCCUUGUGUCUAGAUUUGGCAAGCUAAAUGAGUCUCCUCAUGAGAGUGCUACUCACAAGACAAGCUGUGAUGCUCUUCUUUCCUACUCAGCAGACAAUUAUCUGAAGCAGCAUAGGGAUUUACAAGUAGAAGGACAAAAGCUUAUUAACCGCAGUCUGACUUUGGGGAUUGAUGUUAGUAAAAACCUAAGCAAGAAGCAAACAGAGAAGAGCACUCCCAAUAGACUCUUACCGCCUCCUGCACUGAGGUUAAACAUAUGUUCUCAGACUAGUUGCUCAAGCUUGUCUUCUCCUGGAACAUCCCCAUCAGGUUCUUCUCUAAGUUCCUUAGACAGUGCUUUUUCUCAGUUUUCAGAUUAUUCAAUGUUGACUCCCAAUGAAGUGCCUUCCCCCCUGGAAUGCACCUUCAGGUCUUGUAAAAAACAAGGAAAUCUCACUCCAGACUUUCUAAGCUCUCUUUCAGGUUUUACAUUAGAUGAAGAUGUCAAACAGCCUUACAGUGACAGUGUAAAAGAUACGGAGUUGUCACACCACAAAACUCCUGCUGGCAUUCAUCCCAGUACAUGGCUAAAAAGUGGCACAUCAACUGUCAAAAACUGGUCACUAAGAAGAAAGGAAAAGGCAACCAGACUGGAUGUUAAAAACAAAGCCGAUGUUACUGUAAACCCUGAACGGCUACAACUAGACACGUCUAAGAUUUCAGAACGUUCUGUGCUUCAGGAGCAAAUAACCGUGCCAAAAGAAGACUUGGAAACCCAGCAUCUUUUGGCACAAAUGAAUCCUAAAGACAUUGUGAAUGAUACUAAUGUGAGUGUUUCUCUGUUUUGUGAAGGGUCUAGUGGAAGGAGAAAUGCCUACAGGCAUGUUCUAGAAGACAAUGUUAUUACUGAUCAAAAUGCUAAUAGGGAGCAUGAAGUGGAAUGCAGCUCCUUCCUUAUGCCAUCUCCUGUGUCUAUAAACAUGGAAAUAUCUGCACUUAGCCCCCACACGUUUUACCUUGCACAGGAAAUUACUUCAAUUCCUCAGUCAAACAGGAGAAAAACCACCAACUCUAAGGUGGAACAAGCUCUUCUCUUGAACAACAAUAUAAAAUGCCCCACCGAGUGUGUAACUCAUAUCUCUGAACAUUCUUCAGUAAAGGACGAAGCAACCAAAUCCACAAUUGGCAGCUUUCGGGUUGCCGGUUUAAAAAGAAAUAAGGUUUUGCCCUCCAAUGUAGACACUGGAUUUAAAAUGGCCAAUUGUGAUUUGGAGAAAAACUUUUGUGUGUCUCCAAAAUCUACGACCACUACAGCAAGCUUUGUCUUUCCGGCGGAUAACCAUAAGCACCUUAAAAGCACUCACGAAAGUGACCAGAGCAGCAGAGAUUGGCAGGUCAAUCGGUGCAGUGAUCCCAAGUUCGAAGACAUUGACCAAAGAUUUUUUACUGAGGAGUCUUAUGUGUAAUGGGAGGUAUUGUAUAAUGCCCCAUUCUUCUAGAGAUUUUUACUGCCAUAUGCUGGUGUUGAAUCUGCACAUCUUCCAAAAAAAGCACUUGAUAGGGGUGUUUUUCGAAGAGGAAAUGGUCAAAGAGGAGCUUGGCCUUGUGUCCUGUGUUCAAAUAUGUGUAAUUGGUUUCUUGGGGUCAACAGGAACACUACAGUAUUUGAACUUCUGUGAAGAAACUUUGAGCGCCAAACUGAAUAAGUCGAUUUAAGGAAAGGGACGGGUGCUCUGUAUAUGGCUUUUGAAAGCAAAUGACCAUUAAGACACCGUUUAAUUUGUGUUAUUCUGUGUAAGCAAAUUUCUAUGAUGCACUUUGUUUGUAAUCUAGUCAGAACAAAACAAAACAGUAGCAAUCUGAAGGAGAAAUGAAAUCUGGGAAACAGACCCUCAGUUGGGUAUUUUUAUUCUGUAGAUCAAAGAGUAAUCUGGUCCUCUGGCUGGUCCAGUUUUAGCUAGGCUAAGGAUUUUUUUUACUGAAGAUGCUUAAAUUGUAGGUAGAACUGCUCGUUAAGACUUGGGUGUGAUUGAUCCAUCGGCCCAAAAUGGAUGAGAACAUACGAAGGGCCACACACUGUAUGGCUGCCUUACUAUUGUUUUGAUUGUUUGAAACCCCAGGAAGUGAAAAGGAUCUGCAGCUCCUCUUCACUUCCUCAUCUGCCGAUGCACAAUGUACUGGCAAGAGAUGCUGCCUUGGAUUACAUUCUAGAACUGACUGAUAUUAAUAUUACAUGAAUAUUAGUCAGGCUUAGCAGGCCAGCGCGUACCAAUCAUCAUAGGUAAAUGGCCAACACCAACGGAGUAUUGAUUUGGUCCAUUAUCUGCCAAUGCACCAUGAACUGCCCAACAUGGUGCAUCUAACCCACCCGUUUCCAGAAACAAUAAUAUUCAUAUUCAUAUAAUGGCCAGCUUUAGACAAAGUCACCAAGAAAAUAUUGAUAUGCUCCAUCAUCUGCCAAAGCACCAUGAACUAGCUUACAUGGUGCAUCAGAAGAUUUUAUUUUCUAACCCAGCCGAUUCCAGAACCAGAAUAUUAUACUAAUAUUUGUACGAUGGACAGCUUUAGGCAAAGUCACCAAGAAAGUAUUGAUUUGGUCCACCACACAAGUGCUGAACCAAAUCAAGCUUAUGUAAUUUUUUGGCCUUUGGGCCAAGGAUCAUAUUCUACAGGGCUCUUGUUGGGCAAAGAUCACAUCCACAAUACAUGUUUAACAGAAUUUUAUGGCCCUUAUGAUUAAUAUUUGACCAAACUGCAAUCAAAUAUUGAUCAGGGAAACCAUUUGGACAUGGGCCAAUAGGUUGCCACCAAGUGUUGGUCUUUGGUACCCCAACUUAAGCUACACUCCCCCAUCAUUGUCUUGGAUGUUAUGAAUUUUAAACCCACCAAAACUGGAAUCCCAUGAGCAGUUUAUCCCUGAAUUUAGGAUUAUUAAGGUUAGGGUGCGCCUGAUGGACUUGUGGUUCCCUUGUAUAAAUGUGGCAUGUGUUGCGUCUGUGCUUCUAUUUUCUGUUGUAUAAUAACAUGUACUAUGUACUGCCAACUUAUGUUACAGUCAUUUCAUUGUAUAUUUAAAGCAAGUGGAAGUCUGAAACACGUAUUGGGUUUGUUCAUGAUGUCCUGAUGUUUUGCUAUUAUUACGUUAUGCUCUUAUUAAAACAAAAUGUGUAUUUUUGUACUUGCACAAACUGCUGCUAACUUUAUACAUGAUGUAUGUUGUUAUGACACUGAUGAUAAUAUAUAUUAUAAAGUAUUAAAUCCCAUGUACCAUAUUGUAAGAUAUCGGUCACUGUAACACCACAUUGUAGCUGUGAUUGCUAAUUGGUUUAUUGGGACAGCCCCAUCGCCAUGUUGUUUAAUUGUUUAACAUUAAAAGCUACAAAUAAAUAGCUUUGUUUGCAGAGAA